AUGCUAAUGAAAAGUGACUGGCAUGAAGCAAGUCAGCGAGAAGUUGAACUGCAUGAAGUGGACAGUGAUGUCUUCGCACUAAUCCUCGAGUUCCUCUACACCGGACAAAUCCGUCUACAUAUUGAGAACAUCAUGUCUGUAUACCAGAUUGCUGAGAAGUACAACUUUAAACGUCUCAAACAAUGUCUUUGUAAAUUCCUUCAUAAAUUUGUAUUGGAACGCUACCAACAGGGGAAACUAACAGCGCCAGAAGCUGCCGCGAUCUGCAAUGCCUUUGCAGCUGAUACUUCAAUGCAUCCUGGAUUGAAAUGGGUCUUACAUUGGAUCGGUGUAAAUUUCUCUAGUUUCAUUGAGAGUUUUGAGUGGCAGAAGUUAUCAAAGACUACCGUCCUCAUGCUUCUCAAGAAAGAUGAAAUUGGAGACAGUGAGCAAAAGAUCUUUGUAGCAGCCAAAAGAUGGUUGGAGUUUGAUAGCUCGCGUACUGAAACACCAGAGCAAAUCUACGAAGUAUUGCAGCAUGUUCGUCUGACAUUUCUUUCUGCAAUAGAGUUAUACGCUAUUGAAAAUGACCCUAUUGUAGUAAGGUGUGAUCCAAUGGUGAAACUUAUUUUCGAUACCAUGCGGCGGAAAGUUUAUGAGGGCGUGCCAAACUUUAUAGGUAAAUACGUGACUCAAAAUUGGCUGAAGCGUCGAGGUCGAAAUAAACUAACGUACUGA